AUGGUCUAUACUGAGUUGAUGAAGAAUCGGCCAGUUCAGAAAAGCCACUUAUCUCAUGAAGAUUUUGGUGAAAUAACUUCUAUUGCUCUAGUAAAGUCCUCAUGUGAAUUCAUGUUAAAAGAACUUAAGCAUUGGAUGAUUCCAGACAAGGUUAAAACCUCAAUAACCAUUUUUCCAUCAUCUGCAGAAAUAGUGCCAGAACCGUUAGGUGUCGUAUUGGUGAUAUCAGCAUGGAAUUAUCCUUUCUUGUUAUCUCUUGAUCCAGUCAUUGGAGCUAUUGCAAUUGGAAGAAAUUUAUCAGCUUUCUUGUAUUGGAAAAUGGUUCCUGGUUUAAAGACUGGUCGGCUUCAGAAAAAGACACUCACGCAGCCAGAAACAGACUCGCCGACUGAUAUUCCUUUAGGAUCACCCGUUGCUCCAUCUCGUGUUCUCCCCGUUCGAUCAAAUGUGGGACCAUCUCAUCAUGCCACUAGCCAACCAAUGGUUGAUUCUGAUAAGACACAAGCCCCAUCCGAAACGCAGCCGAGUGGCGUAGGGACUUCGAAGCCCCCACGUAAGCACGGACUGACACUUGGCAAAGGCAUACAAAAAAUAAUCAGAGCCAAGAAAGGGGGAAAAUGUUAUGUUCACAUCGAUCAGGAGUUGAGUGCAAUGACUGGCAAGUAUGCCACCCCAGCAACUAACGAGUUAGGAAUUCAAAUUAGGACCUUGUGCCCUGUGAAAGAUGUCAAGUCAUGGUUGGAUCUUGAUGAGACUACAAAAUCUGCUGUCAUCCAAGCUGUUCUUGACAAGUUUCAAAUUGGAGACGAUUUCCACAAUGACUUACAAGCACAGUAG